UCUGCUAGAUGCGCUGGCGGGGCGGGGGCGCGGGCAGAAGCGCAGUCUCCAGCUUUCCCGCGGCGCGCGGACCCCGGGUGUGCGAGGUUUCGGAGGAGGCAAGGCGGGCUAAAGCGAGGGUCCAGGCCGAGGAACCUUCAAUCUGCUCGGGACCCGGGUGCAGUCAUGGGCUACCAGGAGCAGCUGCCCGAUAGUGCCCCGCAGAGCUUUCUAGAUGACAGAGAAACCCUCGUUUCUGAACAUAAACGUAAAGGGAAAGCUUGUCUUCAGUUUGCUGCUGUUUUUAAUGUUGUCAACUCCAUUAUAGGAUCUGGGAUAAUAGGAUUGCCUUAUUCAAUGAAGCAAGCUGGCUUUCCUCUGGGAAUAUUGCUUUUAUUCUGGGUUUCAUAUGUUACAGACUUUUCCCUGGUUUUAUUGAUAAAAGGAGGAAUACUCUCUGGAACAGACACUUACCAGUCUUUGGUUAAUAAAACCUUUGGCUUUCCAGGGUAUCUCCUCCUUUCUGUUCUACAGUUUUUGUAUCCUUUUAUAGCUAUGAUAAGUUACAACAUAAUAACUGGGGACACUUUGAGUAAAGUUUUUCAAAGAAUCCCAGGAGUUGAUCCUGAAAACUUGUUUAUUGGUCGCCACUUCAUUAUUUUGCUUUCCACGGUUGCUUUUACUCUGCCUUUAUCCUUGUACCGAGAUAUAGCAAAGCUUGGAAAGAUCUCUCUUAUAUCUACAACUUUAACAAGUCUCAUUCUUGGAAUUGUAAUGGCAAGAGCAGUUUCAUUGAGUCCGCAUAUACCAAAAACAGAAGAUACUUGGGUAUUUGCAAAAUCCAAUGCCAUUCAAGCUGUUGGUAUUAUGUCAUUUGCAUUUAUUUGCCACCAUAACUGCUUCUUAAUUUAUGGCUCUUUGGAAGAACCCACAAUAACUAAGUGGUCCCGCAUCAUUCACGUGUCCACCUUGGCCUCUGUAUUCAUCAGUGUUGUCUUUGCUACAUGUGGAUACUUGACAUUUACUGGCUUCACUCAAGGGGACUUGUUUGAAAAUUAUUGCAGAAAUGAUGACCUGGUAACAUUUGGAAGGUUUUGUUAUGGAGUCACUGUCAUUUUGACAUACCCAAUUGAAUGCUUUGUGACUAGAGAGGUAAUUGCCAAUGUGUUUUUCGGUGGGAAUCUUUCAGUCGUUUUCCACAUUACCAUAACAGUGGUUAUCAUUACUGUAGCCACUCUUGUGUCAUUAUUGAUUGAUUGCCUGGGGAUAGUUUUAGAACUCAAUGGUGUGCUCUGUGCAGCUCCCUUAAUUUUUAUCAUUCCAUCAGCAUGUUAUCUGAAGCUGUCUGAAGAACCAAAGACACACUCAGAUAAGAUUAUGUCCUGUGUCUUGCUCUCCAUCGGUGCUGUGGUCAUGCUUGCUGGGUUCAUUAUGGCCGUCACAAAUCCUCAGGACUGCACCCAUGGGCAGGAAAUGUUUUAUUGCUUUCCUGACAAUAUCUCCUUCACAAAUAUCUCAGUUUCUCAUUUUCAACUGACAACCCAACUUCCGAUUUUAAACAUCAGUCUCUUUCAGUGAAAAGACCGCUUUUUAAAAAAUGUAUGUUUUCAUGGACUUCUAAACUGUAUAAUAAUGUUCACAUAUAAUAAUGUUCACAUGUUUUAGUGUCUGUAUUAUGAAACUUCUAAACCGUAUAAUAAUGUUCACAUAUAAUAAUGUUCACAUGUUUUAGUGUCUAUAUUAUGAAACUGUUAUUUUGGCAUUUAUCAAGAUUUGGUUUUCUUUACUGUUUAGUCCAAUAUAAAAAUAAAGAGGAAAAUAAAAUUGUAUGUAUUUUAUGUUAAACUGGGACAAAAUGUUUUGUUUUAAUGAUUGAGCAAGACUAAUCUUAAUCAUAGAAGGAAAAGUGAAAUGUUUGACAUUUGAUGCCAUCCUCUGACAGUAUUGCUUAUUUAUGUCAGAGGCAACAUAUUGGAUUUAAAAUAAGUAAAUGAUU